AGGUCGUUUUUUGUUUAACGGGUACUAUAAAACCAACCACGAGUUGGCGUUGUAUGGGAGAAUCCAUCUUGGAGAGUACUUUUUGAUUGUGUGAUCACUAAGAGGCUUUAGGGGAUUAUUUUCCAUCUAUUCAUCUUAUUUUGUAUUUGUGAAAAGGGUAACCUAACAAUUACAAAAUGUCUGACACCGAGCAACAGUUUAUGGAAACAUCAGAAAACGGCCACGAAGGCGAGGAUGAUUUUAACGGCGCAAAGACAGCGGAUGAAACGGAAGAGACCGAAACCCUGAAUAAAGGCGAGGAAGAGACCGAAGCCUGCAUAGAAGACGAGGCGGCAGUAGAGGGAGAAGAUUCGCAAAAUGGUGCCACUGAAGGCGAAGGCGGACAGAUCAACGCCAGCAAAGGCGAGGAGGAUGCAGGGAAAAUGUUUGUUGGAGGACUUAGCUGGGACACAAGUAAGAAAGAUCUUAAAGAUUAUUUCUCUAAAUUCGGUGAAGUGACGGACUGCACCAUAAAGAUGGACCAGCAGACAGGCCGGUCAAGAGGCUUUGGCUUUAUUCUAUUCAAAGAAGCAGUCAGUGUAGACAAGGUUUUGGAACAGAAGGAACACCGACUUGACGGACGACAGAUUGACCCCAAGAAGGCCAUGGCUAUGAAGAAGGAGCCCGUAAAGAAAAUCUUUGUUGGUGGCCUCAACCCAGACACAGACAAGGAAGUUAUCCAGGAGUACUUUGGAACCUUUGGUGAGAUCGAGACAAUCGAGCUUCCACAGGACCCAAAGACGGAAAAGAGAAGGGGGUUCGUGUUCAUCACGUAUAAGGAUGAAACUCCUGUCAAAAAAGUGCUAGAAAAGAAAUUCCAUAACGUCAGUGGAAGCAAGUGUGAGAUUAAAAUAGCACAGCCCAAAGAGGUGUACCAGCAGCAGCAAUAUGGCGGCCGUGGCGGUGGCGGUGGAGGUGGAGGUGGUGGAAGAGGCAGGGGCCGUGGAGGUCAGGGCCAGAAUUGGAACCAAGGUGGCGGAUACAACAACUACUGGAACCAGGGCUAUGGGAACCAGGGCUACGGCUACGGUGGACAGCAAGGCUAUGGUGGAUAUGGAGGCUAUGGCAACUAUGACUACUCCGCUGGAUACUAUGGCUAUGGGGGUGGCUACGACUACAACCAGGGCAAUGCAGGCUAUGGGAAAACUCCAAGACGUGGAGGCCACCAGAGUAGCUACAAGCCAUACUGAUCACAUGUAGUGCAGGUCUUAAGUAAAUAAGAAAAAAGAAACCCAUGGUCCGGCCACAGCGAACAUGGGCUCUGGCUUUUCCUUUGGAGUUGGCAGAAAUUUGGACUCAUGCUCCAUAUGUACAGAUCAAGUGAGGAACUGGGGAAGCAAAUGUCACUUUUCCACCUUUUUAUUUUUUAUUUUAUAUGGUUUUGUCCAUUUACAUUUCCAGAGAUGGAAGUGUUAUUUUUACUGUACUUUUUGGUACCUUUUUGAAUCUAAUGUAUUGUGUGGUUGUAUUUUACAUGUCUACUGGAUUUGCCAACAAACCGGAGCAGAGCUUUCAGAAGCUUUUGAAAUAAAACAAUUACCUUUUUUUUUUUGUUAUUUCUAGGAUUAGUAAAACAUUUUCCCGUGCUGAGUGUUUGACGCGAGUUGCAUGGCUUCAGAUGUGGGGUGAGGUGAAAUAAGAGAUUUAAAAACUAAUCAAAGGUUUCAUUGUAAGCUUGUCUAGUGAAUGCUUGCAUUUGGCUAGUAGACGAGGACAACCAGCAUUCGUUUUUUGGCUUUUUAAGGAGGUCCCCCCCAUCUUCUCUGUAAUUGUAAGUGGCUUUACUAGUGUUACAUACGAUACAGUACAACUGAGCGCAAGCCUGUUAAUGUAAGUAGAGGGCCUUCCCUUUCUCUCUGGAAACUCAUUCCUCUAGUGUCUUGGGCAAAUUGGUAGAAAUAAACUUUUGGUUUAUAUUACACGUGGAUCCUUUUGUUAUCAUUUAUAAACCCUCCCCCUAAUGCUGUUUUGGUUACUGUUAACUGCUUUGUACUGUUAAAUGGAUUACUUGUCCUGUCUUGGGUAAGGUUAAAAUCGUGCCAUACAGAUGGAUGCCUCUCUGGGAUGCGGUGGCAGAUACUUUGCUGGCAGAGGGAUAACUGGCUCAGUCAAUGGGUUGAAAGCUGUGCUACGUAGCCUCCGCGUCAAUUUACUUUUCCGAGCUAGCUGAUCUUACCCCACUAUGGAUCUGACGUUGAACUACAGUAUUUGGUAUGUUUUUAUAAGUGGAUAAGGUAAUAACUGUAGUCCUCUGGUAAGUGCACGCCCACCCCCAUACAUUGUCUGUCAUCUAUACAGUCAUGUGUACAAAGUCACUGUUGCCAUGCAAUGUUGCAGUUAUCAAGAUCAGCUGGAAGUGACCUCAUCAGUCUGCCUGGGCCGGUGUCCAUUUCACGUCAAGUAGGCUGUUUACACAGGCAGCCCAAUUCUGAUUAUUUUUCCCACUAAUUAAUUGCUCAAAAGACCAGUCCCAGAUUGUUUCACAGAGCUGAUCUGAUGGGUGAAAACACCAAUUUAGUGGGGAAUAAGAUAUCAGAAUUGAACUGCCUGUGUAAAUGCAGCUUAACAUACACUUUUCUACUGUAUCAGUAGACCUUUGUGACCACUUCUUGAUCCAGUAGUUGCUAUGUGAUUAUCUAUUUCCACAGGGAAGUAUAAAUGUGAGGAUCACGACUUUAGUGUUUUAUAGUAGAAAUGUAUUGCCUUUCUGUUGCAUAUGUCACCGUUUCUCUUAUCCCUCAUGCAGAAUCAAAAGCAGUCACUAAUUCCACUUCAUGAACUGUCACAAAACAUUCUUGUGUUGGUAGAUCUAGUAGUGUAAUCUUAAUGUCUUAACAAUUUGGCUUUUUAUCCUUAAGUGUGGUAUGGAUCCUUGAGAUUGACUGUGUUGAAUAAGUCUGCGUUCCUUCCCUUUUAUUUUCCACCAUGAGGACUGCAGUUUGUAUGAAAAGCAAAAUACCCAAGUUCUGGGACCAUAUCCACAAAGAACCUCAAAGUAGGAAUGCUGAUAUAGGAUAAGUUUAGCCUUUUUAGAUCAUAAAUACCAUUUCUAUGGACAGAUCCAAGAUGAGCACUUCUACUUUGAGAUGAUUUGUAGAUACAGGCCCCGGUGCUCUGCCCUAUGAAAUCCAAUGUCUGAGAAAUGCACUUUUAACGGUUAGUGAAAUCUCCUGGAGGAGCACAUCACACUAUCAACAACACUACCUCUGACUCCUUCUGAUUGUGACCAAUUCUUACUGUCUGAUGCAAUUAAAUAUUUCUACAGGUUUGUACAAACCUUA